CCUACAAUGUUUCCUUGUGCUUGAUUGUUGAAUGCCACUGUUGAUAGUGGGUUUUUAAAAUCAUAACCUCACUUAUUGUCUUGUGGAAUGUGUUCUGUGCAUUAUAACCGAUAUAUGAUUAUAAUUUAUGUAACAGGUGUAAAUGUUGCACUUCAAUUUCGCCAUUACAAUGAGUGUAAUGCACGUAAUAGAUAAUAGGACAAAGGUUAAAAAAUUAUCUUAUCUCUCCACUUUGGGUUAGUAAGUCGUGAUGAGCGCCGCUCCAGAAAGUCCAUUCAAAACCGAAUCGAUCAGCUUAAUUCAACAUUUGUACGCAACCGCAAGCGUUACUAAAGUUACGGUACGAUGGAGAGAUUCGCUACGACAGAUUAUGGCCUCCUGUAUCGCUCACUGCAUUGUCAUAGCGGCCGGAGCAAACAUGGCCUUCUCGGCGAUUUUAAUACCUCAGCUACGGGCAAGUAAGGAUAUUCCGAUUACGGAUUCCGAGGCAUCUUGGAUUGCAAGCCUGGUGACAAUCGCGCUGCCGUUCGGAAGCCUGCUGACGGGCGUGCUGAUGGAUAGGUUCGGACGGAAGGCGACCUGCAUGAUUUCGACCGUGCCGUUCGCGAUCGCCUGGAUGGUGAUGGCGGUCGCCUCCAACUUGACGGUCAUCUACGUAGCCCGCACGAUCGCCGGUAUGUCGUCGGGGUUGACCUCGGUCUCGCUGGUUUACAUUAGCGAGAUUACGCAUCCCGACUAUCGUCCGAUGCUUCUAGGCCUCAACAGUGUCUACGUCUCGCUUGGAAUACUGCUCACUUGUCUUCUAGGUUACUGGCUGCAGUGGCGGAUGAUCUGCUACGUGUUUUUCUCCAUCGAGGUCGUCGUGUUUCUGUGCCUGUUCGCGGUACCCGAAAGUCCCCAUUGGCUGAUCAGCUUUAGACGGAAUCGGGAGGGGGCCGCUCGUUCGUUGCGCUGGCUGUACAGGGACGCAAAGAUUUUUGACGACGAACAUCGGCGCCUUUCCUCCACACUCUUAAAAUCCGAGUCUGAAGACCAUUUCAAACUUUUCCAUAUCAAUACGUACAAAAGCCCCAUUGUAUAUAAACCCCUAAUUAUACUAUCCGUUCUGUUUGUAAUUCAACAAUUAACCGGCGCGUACGUCAUAAUAUUUUACGCCAUCGACAUCUUUCGGAAGGUGUACAGAAACAUCGAGGGGGAUCACGAGGAGUACUUGGCGCUCGUGCUGCUCGGCGUGGUUCGCUUCGUGACCGCGAUCGUCGCGUCGAUCGUCGCGAAGCGGGUCGGUCGCAGGUCGCUGCUUUUCGUUUCGGGUGCGGGAAUGUGCGUCACCAUGUUCGUGGCCGGCAUCUACAUGCACGCCAACACGGGCCAAGACGACUACAACGGUAACAUCGGUCUAGUCUGCAUUUUGGGAUACGUUUUCUUCGGGACCGUCGGCUUCCUCGUCAUUCCGUGGACCCUGAUCAGCGAAUUGCUGCCGGUUAAGGUGCGAGGUAAACUGGGAAGUCUUCUGAUCGGAUUGGCCUACGUGUACAUGUUCGGCGUGGUUAAGCUGUUCCCCGGCCUGUUGGGCGUUGUGGACUUGAAGUGGGUAUUUUGCGGUUUUUCGGCGGUUAAUUUGAUCGGUGUCGGCUUUACUUAUUGGUGUCUUCCGGAGACCUUGGGGAAACGACUUUCGGAAAUCGAGAGUUACUUCUUGUAAGUUGGGUAGAAUUAACUUUCUAGGGUUGGCAACAGUUUAAUAUACUAGAUCAAAAGUGCCUUAAAACUCUGCCACUUUUAUUACGUGUUCAAAGGGCGAUGAUUUUUUCCGUAUUAUAUGGUAACAUAGUAAAAAAAUCUGUGAUAUUGAGUAAUAAAAGGAGACUGUUAUCUUA